AUGUCGGAGCUCCUGGCGCUGGCACCAGACGAAACGAAGAUUGGAAGCACCCAACCAACCACCGAGUUCCUCUCUUUCCAUUGGAACUCCCAAUUCCCGUCUCUCCUCCUCUCUCUCCCCCUCCCUCUUCCCUUCGCUCUCUUUUCUUGUACCACAUCACCUUUUUUAAUGAAACGAAUACGCUUCUCGAGAUGCGCCACAGAGCGGCUGGCCAGCACCACCAGCAACACCACCACUCCUCGCCGACCCUCGUGCAUUCACAAUGUCGCGCCGAGCAAUUAUAAAAUCCGAUUACAAACACGCUUCCAGUCCACCGCUGCGGCCGCCAGCGAUGCAAUUCCCGCCGAGAUGGAUGCAGGGGCUGCAGAGCCUGUAGCCCCCGAAUCGAAACCAUCCGCGUCUUCAUCGCGUGCCCACACCAGGAGACGCCUCCCCCUCGAGCAACUUCCUUCUCCACAUCCUCACUCCGCCUCUCAAUCCAUCAAGCUGGCCGCCCUGCGCUCUCGACUUUCUUUGCCUGAGCGUUUCCCCCUCCAGACCCUCGCCCGUACCCUAGUACAUCCCUCCGCAGAUGCAGAUCCAGCCUUCAACAACGCCUCAUUGUCAAUACUCGGAGCCAAUCUCCUAGGCUAUUACACCACCGAGUAUCUCAUGUGUAAUUAUCCCCGUCUCCCCAUGUCGGUCAUGUUCGCCGCACAAGACGCAUACAUUGGGCCCAAGGCGCUGGCUUUGAUUUCACGGGAGUGGGGUAUUGAGGCCGCCGCUGCGCCUGGUGGCGAGGUGGACCCAGGUCUGUUGCAAUUCAAGAGACUUCAGGCUGGCAGCGGCAUUCCUGGUGUGUUAAAACAGGAAUUGCCAUGGAAAUGGAACAAGACAACCACCCACAAGAUCCUCGCGACGGAUGAAUUUGGCUCCGACCAAAAACCACCGAGUCCCCAUGACCUCGCUCGCACUCCUGUGCCUGUGCAGGAAGCAGCACAAUCAUUCGUGCGUGCAUUGAUCGGAUCGCUCCAAUUGCACCUCGGAACACCGUUGGUCAAACGAUUUUUCAGGGACCAUUUCCUCAGCCGCCAACUCGACUUGUCCACUCUUUUUGACUUCCGCACGCCUACCCGUGAUGUUUCACGACUUUGUGCGAGAGAGGGCUUUGAGCCACCAGUCGCGCGCCUCAUAUCGGAAACCGGUCGGUUAAGCAGGCACCCAGUGUUUGUGGUGGGGAUUUACAGCGGCAAGGACAAACUUGGGGAAGGUGCGGGAAGCUCACUGGACGAAGCAAAAGUCAGGGCAGCCGCCGCAGCAUUGAAGGCGUGGUAUCUCUACAGACCGCUGGAAGUCACAGUACCAAGUAGCACGGAAAACGAACUCGACGCGAAAAAAUGGAGACCCAAUAUGGUGGACUGCGGUGAAGUCAUUGUCUAA